GGGGUGGAAUUGAUUAGUUGGGUCUGGCGCAAAGAUGGCGGCCAACGCGACGACCAACCCGUCUCAGCUUCUGCCGCUUGAACUGGUGGACAAGUGUAUAGGCUCUCGCAUUCACAUCGUAAUGAAAAGCGACAAAGAAAUUGUUGGUACACUCCUAGGAUUUGAUGACUUUGUCAACAUGGUAUUAGAAGAUGUUACUGAAUUUGAGAUCACACCUGAAGGACGAAGAAUUACAAAGUUAGAUCAGAUUUUGUUGAAUGGAAAUAACAUAACAAUGUUGGUCCCUGGAGGAGAAGGACCAGAAGUAUAAAUGAAUUCAUUGAAAUUCACUGAGGAUUUUUUUUUUUGUUAAAUAUUGUGUAAUAGUAUCUUGAUGAAACCUUACAUUUUGCUUUUCCAUUUCAAGUUGAUUUUUGAGUAUAAAGUACAAUUUCCAUUUCAAGGAAGGUACACCUUUGAUGAUAACUUUGUAAGUUAAUAUCAUGACUUUGCUGUAAAGAAAAAAAAAUAUUUUGUUGUACUGAGCAAGGCAAUAAAGAACUUUUUAAGUUGUUUUUUUUAUAUACAUUUGAUAUGUGGUUAAUGUGAACAUUUGAUGUCAGACAAACUUAUAAUAUUUAUAGUUCUUGUUCAAAAUAAUUUUAUUUUCUUUUUAUCAAAAAAUUGACUCACUGGUGCAUUGGCCAGUUAAGUUGUGAUUCCCAAUGUAGGGGGAUUAUUUCUUUUACACUUGCCCCCUUAAUUGUUUUUUUCCCCCUUUCUCACAAUGUGCUGAAAACAGGGACUAUUAUUAUAAAAUGUUCAUUAAAAUACCAUGUAGUUUA